ACUAAGCCUAACGAAUUGCUUGACCUGUUACAUUCCAAUCACCCUGAAAUUAGCGGGGCACCCGAUUUUCAGUUACCUGGCGAUCUCGAGAAGAAUGAUUUUCAGCAUAUUCCCAUAAAGUAUGUGGUAACUCUCACGACAUCGAAUGACGCGUUUUUAGAUUCAAUCGGUUCGUGUGACUUGAAAAAUCGUGUUGCGAUUCCUAUAACGGCAAAGAUCGAAUGCCCAAAUAGAGGAAACUUUCUCGAAAAGAAACCGCUGGAAGAAUGGAUGAAUUCAUUGUUAACGUUGGAGGAAGAAUUUUUACCCUUACAGCACAAAGGUAUAUUCGAGAAGCGUGCGGUUCCUCCUUUCCUCUACUUCUUCAACUUAUUCACGCGCGCGCACCCCUAUCCUUUCUUUAGCAUAUGGUGUGAUUCGCCGAAUCUUUUUACCGAAACUUUCUCAACCAUGCCUCCAGGAGUCAAUCAACCCUUCUUCGAUCGUGAUCCGGAUGUAUUUGAAUUUGUCUCCUUAUAUCUACGUGGGUACAACAUUUUCCCCUUGACCAAAGAAAGAUUACCUGUGGGCUGGGACAUGGAUAAUUUCCUCAAAUACUUGACCUUGGACGCUUGUUUUUUCAAACUCCAACGUCUGGUUCAAAUCAUUCGUCCAUUUUUCUUCAUUGGCUUGAGCCUACCGGGUCGCGACUUCUUUUCAAAUGAAGAGAAAGUCAUGGUUUACAUAAGAAGGGUCGAACCCUCGCUUCUUCAUAUCUCCGAGGAUGGUAAUGUCAUGUAUCGCAGACAAGGUCAAAUCCUCAAGGGUGAAUUCUUUGCCAAUCAUGUGGCGAUGGAUUUGCAUUCUGCGAAUCAUUGGGAGUUUAAAUUCCUCGGUAGAUCCGAUGGUAUCAUGAUGUCAAGGAUCUCCGAGAGAAUAUGGCCCCUCACGAAUCGGUCGGCUUCUUACUUCCUUGGUGAACCCGGAUCUUCAUUUUUCGACAUUGACGACACUCGAAUGCACUGUCGACAAGUUUACGAUCAUUCCGUGGGAAGAUCAUUUCGCCUUUACAAAUCAAGCACUGUGUCCUGCGCAAGAAUAUGGAUAUGCAAAUUGGUGUUUUCGUUGAAAAAGUCACCGGAUCCCGAUAAAUCAUUGAUCAUAGUGCCUGUUUGGGGCGUCGGUGUAACACAAUUGUAUUUUGAGGCAUCGAGCAUUACAAAGUCCAUUAGGAAUUAA